CAGGUCUAUUUUCAGUUUUGCCAGAAUGAUAUUUUUCACGCAUGUGCACAGGCUGUUUUUAGACAAUUAAGGUACUUGGAUUGAGGGACAAAAAAUUUCACUUGAAGGUAAUAUCAAGAAUCUGGAAUGUCUACCCACGGACGGUAAAUUUCAGAGACCCUAAGGAUUUAAUGAGACAUGGCCCUUAAACACCAAGAAUCCGAGCUGGGAGUCCGCUGUCUUCAUGCUGACAUGAUUUUAGAACUAGACGGUUAUAUCCACCCUUCACUGUCUGAAAAGUGGGAGAAAUUCAAAACAAAGUUAUCUAUUUAUUUAAUGCCCGCGGAAGUAGAGGCGGCAAGCAAAAACAUGUCUACUGCAAUUCAGAUCCUUAGACAGAAAGGACUUGUCAGGUUGGGAGAGUACAAGAACCUUCGACAGAUUGUGGGUGAUAUAGAUGACAUGACUUUACCUAUCAUUGACAAUUGUACUCAACAAAUUGCUGCGAUUAGAGCCAACCAGGACCCAACCAGUCCUCCAGGAGGGCAACCACUUGUUCACCCCGUGCAGGAAGAAGGAGAGCCAGGUCAACCAGAUGUUAUCCAGCCAACUGGGCUACAAGCGACGCCUGAUCAGGAACUGCUUCAGGUCCAUGAACCAGAAGGAGCAUUUGAUCCGCCACUUUACCAAGCGGAAGUAAAUCACAUAAAUCUGGGAGGUAAUGAAUUUAAUCUUGAUAAUUACUUGCCUGAUGCAGCUGAGAUAGACUUCCAAGGAGAUGCCCAUUUAGGAGCUCCUGGUGCAGAUGCUGGACCGAGAGGACAUGAUCAGGGAGUCAAUGGAGGUGAAGGUAUGGCGAAUCUAGAAGGAACACUAGGUGAGGAAGUUAAACAAGUUGACUUGAACCGACAGACUAUCCUCGAAAGUUUCAUGGAUAUAUAUAAGGACGAGUCGAUAGUAAGAAAACGGUUGAAUGUAAGAUUUGAAGGUGAAAUGGGUUUGGACACAGGUGGCCUGACAAAGGAUGCAUUCUCUACCUUUUGGGACAAAGCGUUCAAAGAAUAUUUCAAGGGAGAGAACUCUCUUGUUCCAUUCAUGCCAGUCAGUAGAUUUGCAGAGGCUCAGACUGUUUACCCUAUUCUAGGGCGGAUUCUUAGUCAUGGUGUGGCUCUGACCGGAACCUUCCCUAUCCGGCUCUCUAGGUGUAUGCUGUUUACAAUGAUCAACAGUAAUGUAACUGAAGAUGAAGAAUCUAUUCUGAAGGAUGUCUUACUGUUCCUCACACCAAACGAGAGAAUGCUGACUAGAAGAGGAUUAACUGAUUUUGACAACCUAACAGAAAGAGAGGUCAACACACUGAUGGAUAUGUUUACUCGAUAUUCUCUUGGUGUUCAACCCAGAAAGGAAACAUUUCGACAAAAUGUUGUGAACCUGGGAGGAAAAGAGUUAUGUGCUAAAGGCAUGAUGUUCACAACAUGGAUGAAAUCUGGAAUACCACGUGAACACUUGGAAAUCUUUUGGAAUCGAUUGACCAUGGAGGAGUUAAACCAUAUUUACAGAAAGCUGGAACCUACGCCUCCAAAAGUCAUAGACCUGUUGGUGGCAAGCGAACAAUAUAUACGGGAAGAAGAAAAUCAAGCAUUUUAUUUCUUGACUGAUUUCAUAUCUAGUUUGAAUCCAGAGGACCUUGCACACUUCUUGUUAUUUGUCACAGGUUCAGACGUCCUCCCACUGGAAAGAUCUAUUAAUGUUGUCUUUAGCCGAACGGAAGGUCUGCGUAUGCAUCCUGUUGCCCACACAUGUGGCAAUACGCUGGAGCUUCCAGUGGGAUAUAGCUCGUCUCAGGAGUUACGUCGUGACUUCAUGGCCAUCCUUAACGAUCCUGAGUCUUACAGCAUGAACAUUUUAUAAACAUUAGUUACGUGUCUAUUUGGGACAAAGUCUAUUACCUAAAAUGGCAGCAUCACUUAUAAUAGUAAGUUGGUCUGGUUAGCAGUCCCUGGCUUCUCCAAUCCUUUCACGUGGCAGAACAGGGAUGACGGUAUCAUUUCCUGUCAAAUAUAUAUGUUUGUUGUGGCAUUCAUGGCGAUUGCUAAAGUUAAAGAACUACUUCAAGAACUGUAAUAAUAGAGUGUGAUAUAAGUUCUGAAUUCAUCAUAGAUUACUUUCGACUUUAUGCAGGAUAUUUACAUAUCAGGAUAGUACUAUUUAGUUAUAGCCUUUUGAUAAGGUCGCUACAUGAUUUUAUUAACCUGAAAAAAAUGUAUAUCAACCGAGGUCGACGUUUUUUUCCUGAUUAAAAAACCAUAUAUUAACCGAAAUAAAAAGGUGUAAUGGUUAUAUUAUUAAAUGACUUUUGAUAUUUAAUUUUUAUGCAGUGAAUGCAAGUUACACUUGUAUAUGCAAUGAUAGGGAUCGAUUUGUGAAACAUUUGUAAAUAAUUCAUUAUAUAUUUUAAAGACGACACAAUCAAAAGUAAAUUAUUUCAUUAAAAUGCAUUCAUUACACUGAUUCUUAUGGUUAUGGAAUAUUCUAAUAAUCAAAGUUAUUCCUUCUCAAGUUUCAAAUAAUAUACAAUAUAUUUUACGCUGUUUGACAAUAACAAAGUGAUUCAAAAUUAAUCUAUUUUUAGAAACAUAGUCAAACAGCAUUUUUACCGGGUUUUUUUUCACGGCCGUCACUAAGACGUUUUACCGGGAAUCACGUGGCACUAUUUUAGCCAAUCAGAGAUUGUAAAAGAUAUGAUUUUAUAGUAAUACCAAGUGAAGGUAAUAAGUAACCAAUAUGUUUAAGAACAACCAGUCGACAAGUAUUUUUAUCAGCUUUUAUCGGGAAUCACGUGAUACUAUUUCAGCAAAUCAGAAAGUGAGAAAAAUAUGAUUUUAUGUUAAACCAAAAUACUAACUUAUUGUAUAUACUUGAUGAUAUACCGUUAAUGUAAAAUAUCACAUGAUCGGAGGCAUUUAUUUCAGCCUUAAUAGUAUCGAGUUAUUGAUAUGAUAGCCUGAUAAAAAUUGCAUCUAAACCGAUCCUAUCAUCUUAGUUCCGUUUGGACACUAUGGCCUAACAAAAAAUUCGCUGUGUAAUUACUUAAUUUCAAAAACGUCUUUUCAUAAAAAAAAUACAUGGUAAAUAGAGAGAAAUACCAA